AUGGGAUCAUGUUGGACUGGUUGUUAAGGAUAGGAAAAGAAUUGUUAGAUCAUCUUAUAAACAUAAAUAAAAAAUACUAUUAUUUCUGAUUAUGAUCUUAAAUAUAAUAAACAAAUUCAAUUCAUUUAAGGUAAGAUUCUAAAUUAUCAUUUAGCAUGUACUAGAGGAUAUCUAGUGAGAAAACGAUAUUAAAGCCUUAUUUAGAAAAUUAAAAAAUAGAAAAUGUUGAAAAAAGAAUAAAACCAUUAUUCUAAUGAGUUAAGUUUCAAAGACUCCUUUCCUUUUCAAGACAAUAAAUAAAGUCAUAAGACUAAAAAUUAACAUCAAUAAGUAUAUUAAGUGAAGAAAUUACUAAAAGUACCAGACUAUUUAAGCAAUAGAGUAGAUAAGGUAAUAUGACAUUAUAUUUUAAUUGAAAGAUUCUUUAAUUAUAUACAACUUUUUAAUAUGACAGUGAAGAAGAUAAUAAAUUUAAUUUUCCUAUAUAUGAACUUGAUGAUGGUUGCAUUUACCAUGGACAGUGGAAAAAUGGGUAAGCAAACUAAUUAUUCAGUCUUAGACAUGGAUGUGGAAAGUAAUAUUGGUAAAAUGGAACCUUUUAUGAAGGAUAUUGGGCAUUUAAUAUGUUUGAUGGUCGUGGUAGAUUGGUUCAUAGUGAUGGUAACAUUUAUGAAGGAGAAUUUAAAAAUGAUAAAGCUUCUGGUGAAGUAAUUUAAUCAUUAAUAUUUAGGGAAUAUAUUAUUGUAUUGAUGGAUUAAAAUAUAUAGGACAAUGGGAAAAUAAUGUAUAGAAUGGUCAUGGAAUGGAAAUAUGGCAUGAUGGCACUACUUUUGAUGGAGAAUAUAAAAAUGGACUAAAAAAUGGAUAAGGAGUAUUUAAAUGGUCGGAUGGAUCAAUUUAUAUUGGAUAAUUAAUAGAUGGUAAUCUUGAAGGAAUUGGAUAAUUCAAAUGGGAUGAUGGUAGAGUAUAUGAAGGAUCAUGGAAAAAUAAUUGUAUGCAUGGACAUGGAGUAUAAAUUAAAAUCAUAUAUCUAGUAAUUUAAAUGGCCAGAUGGGAGAAAAUAUGAAGGAUAAUAUAAUAAUGGAAUUAAAGAGGGAGUAGGUUAAUUUGAGUGGCCUGAUGGUAGAGUAAUAAUAUAUAUUUUUAUAUUGAGUUAUAUAAAGGAGAAUGGUUAAAUAAUAAAUAGCAUGGUAUUGGUAUAUAUUUAGGAUAUAAUGGAAUGGAAAAAGAAGGAGAAUGGGCUGAUGGGAAACUUAUUAGAUGGACAAAAGGAAAAGUAAGAUUGUCAAUAGGUUGA